AUGGCAUAUGUCAAAGUUGUUAAGAACAAGGCCUACUUUAAAAGGUACCAGGUGAAGUACAGGAGGCGAAGAGAGGGCAAAACGGAUUACCGAGCGCGAAAGGCCCUGAUCCUGCAAGAUAAGAAUAAGUACAACGCGCAGAAGCUCCGAUUUGUUGUGAGAAAAACCAACUGCCAAAUAAUAUGUCAGAUCGCAAGUGCACACAUUGAAGGGGAUAAAAUUUUGGCAGAGGCCAAGUCCAAGGAACUAAUCCGUUAUGGUAUCCCUGUCGGGUUAAAGAACUACGCAGCUGCAUACGCCACAGGGUUACUCUGUGCAAGGAGAUUUUUGAAAUCACUGAAUUUAGAUUCACAAUUUGUUGGAGUGGAGAAGCUAUCAGAUGACAUGAAUGAAAAUAAUGAGGAGAAGGACGAUGAUGAAGAAAGAAAACCAAUUAAAGCGUUCCUAGAUGUUGGGAUCACCAGGACAACAACGGGUAAUCGAGUCUUUGCUGCUUUGAAGGGAGCAUGUGAUGGAGGUUUGAAUAUCCCACACGGUACUAACAGGUUCCCUGGUUCGAAGAAUGAGUUUAGCCCUGAGCAAUUGAGGAAAAAUAUUUUGGGAACCCACGUUGCUGAAUAUAUGAAGACGUUGCAAGAGGAGGACAUGGAUAAGUACCGAGCCCAUUUUAACGAUUAUAUAAAGAACAAAAUAGAUGCGAAUAAUAUCGAGCAGAUGUACUUGAGUGCUCACGAAAAGAUAAGGAAAAAUCCGGAGAAGGCACAGAAGGGAAAGGACAAGCUGAAGAAAUUCGUGGCUAAACAUGAGAAGCCCAAGAAGCUCAACGCCAAGCUGAGGAAGAAGCGCGUCAAGGAAAAGUUGGCCAAGUAUGUGGAGAAGUUACAGUGA